AUGAAGGGUUCGUCCAUACACGUAAAGCCUGAACCCGUCAUGAAUCUGGCCGUUCAAUUUGGAAAAACAGCCAUGUGCACCAAGGAUGACAAGAAGCUCGGAGAAAUAAGUGAAGCCACCACCGUGGGGCCCUUGGGAGAAGAGCGAGUGAAAGCGAUCAUCUCCAUCAUGGAGUCGUUGGGCGAAAGUCUUGAGGUCGUCACGAAAAGAACUUCCAAGUCGCAAAAAGAAUACGCAGUUCUGAAGGAUGGGUUGAAGGAGACGGUUGACACAAUGAAUGCACUAUGCGGAAAGAGCGACGACAUGUACACAGAGGUAACGCAACAAAAGAGGGACCUUGAAUAUCUCUUGUCUGCUUUGCAGACGACGGAGACGCGUCUGGACACGCUGGAGUGUGAAACAGCUUCAGUUCGAUAUACUCUCGACAGCAGAAUUUUUGAAAGUACCAGAGAAGACUUUGAUCAAGCAAAUGGAGUACCAUUCUCUCCGAACCAAACAGAGGGCGCAAGUGCUCCGCGAGCCUCGUCGCCAGCCGUCGAGAUGCGUCAGAACAACUUGAUUCUCGCCGAUCGAUGGAGCUUCGGCGAGAAAAUUGGAAGCGGAUCCGGGGGAUGGGUGUGCCAAGUGUACGACAUGUUGACCGGGACUUGGCAGGUGGCCAAGGUGGAGAUUGUCGACAACCAAAAGCAAUCGCUCUUGCGACAAGAAUACCGCACCUACGAGCAUAUCCACCACCCGGAGGCAACGUACGGCUUUUCCCGUGUCCACCACUUCAGCAACACGGGACCCUUCAACGUCCUCAUCCUAGACUACUUUGGCCGCUCUCUGCACGAAUACUUCCAGUCGACACACAGCCCGGACAUCGUCUUCCAGGUGGCCAUCCAAUGUCUGGACAGGAUCAAAACGCUUCACGAGAAGCGGAUCGUACACCGCGAUAUCAAGCCGGAAAACUUCCUCGUGGACUUCACGAGCGAUGGGCUGCUUGCCAUUACGCUGAUCGACUUUGGACUAUCUGCGUGUAUUCCGUCGAACGGUUACGGUUACGGUCAUCGCGGGAACCCCGGGCAGCGCUUACCAUUCAUUGGCACGCCCCUAUACGGCUCCGUCGCAGCUCAUCAGGGCAUUCCCCAGGGGCCCAAGGACGACUUGGAGUCGUUUGGAUACGUGAUUGUGAAACUUUUAACGGGGUUCUUGCCGUGGGAGGCUGUAAACAGUUCGAAUACCAACGAGUAUGGGGAGAGAACGCUGCGUCGGAAGCUCGAAGUUACGGCUGCGGAGCUCUGUGUGGGGCUGCCAGAGGAGUUGGUGGUGUUUUUUAAGCAUGUGCACAGCCUGAAUGUGGGCGAUCGGCCUGAUUAUGCUGGACUGCGAUUUCUGUUAGUCAAUGCUCUGACGCAAGAACAGGAGAGAGCAAACAUGGAAUAG